AUGGAUGAUGAAUUGGAUGCAAUAAUAGACAUUUUAAAUAGCGAUUAAAAUAAGUACUAUCCAUAAACAUCUCAGAAAAGACUUGACUCUUAGUAAAACGAGUAAAGUGAAAUCUUGAACAAGCAACUGCAAUAAAUAUCUCAGCAGUAGCAGUAAAUGAUGGCUGUAUCAAACUAGGAUAAUAUAUAUCAAUAUGAGCAAAUUCAAUUAGGAGUGGGAGGAAGUGAAUAAGAGCAAGAAGAAGAAAAGGUUUAGACACAUCUGUAAGGGAAUGUUAAUCAAUAUGUGAAGAAGGACUCUUUGAAGCAAUCACAUAUAUCUACCAAAAGCAGCUACUCCAAUAGCAACUCUAAAUCACACAAGCUUAAUGAUAGUAAAAUAGAAGAAAAUGGCUAGUCGAAUUAAGCAAAUGAACAUGAAUAAUUGACUCGACAGCUAAAAGCAAUUGAAAAUAGACUAUUCAAAAAAUACAUGUGCUUCAGGCCAUAUAUUGAUCCCAUUAGCAUAAGACCUUAUAAACCACCAGAUAGAGGCCUCUAUUUUAAGAUGUAUAACGGUGUAGAGGCAAGACUAAUAAGGUCCCUUUUGGAAGAUAAUGGUUUUAGAGAAGCCACUAAGAGAGAUUAGGAGUUUACAGUGAUGUGGGCUUGCAGUAACAUUAAAUCAUAAGUCUAUUAGUCAUUAACAAAGUAUCAAAAGGUCAAUCACUUUCCUAAAUCAACUGAAAUCACUAGAAAAGACUGCAUGUACAGACUUCUAGCAAGAAUGAGAGAAAUUCAUGGACCCAAGCAUUACGGAUUCGUACCGCUUACAUUUAUUUUGCCUAAUGAGUUAAAUGAACUUCAUGAGGCUAUGCAAGCAGAUCUAAGCAAGCAAUGGAUUGUCAAGCCAUCUUCCAGUAGUCAAGGCAAAGGUAUAUUCUUGACCAAUACUAUUAAUGACAUUCCGCCAAAACAAAGUAUGAUAGCCAGUUAAUACAUCGCCAAUCCUCUUUGUAUUGAUGACUACAAGUUUGAUUUGAGAAUAUAUGUGGCUAUUACUUCAAUCAAUCCACUUAGAGUGUAUAUAUAUGACGAAGGUCUGACAAGGUUUGCAACUGUUAAGUAUAACUAAACUUCAAAGAAGCAGUCAAGGUAUGUGCAUUUAACUAACUACUCGCUUAAUAAAUACAAUGCAAACUUCAUUAAUAAUACUGAUGCAGCCCAAGAUGACCAAGGCAGUAAGUGGUCUUUGACUGCUUUACGAAGAAAAUUCACUCAGCUUGGGAUAGAUCAUGAAUAGCUAUUUAAGAAGAUAGAUGAUAUUAUACUAAAAACAAUUAUUGCUGGUGAAAAUGUUAUUAAUAACGCUACUGAGAUGUUUGUACCCUUCAGUAACAACUGCUUUGAAUUACUUGGAUUUGAUGUUUUAAUUGAUGAUAAUUUAGAGCCCUGGCUGUUGGAAGUCAAUUUGAGUCCUAGUCUUAAUUGUGAUUCUCCACUAGAUUAGAAAAUUAAAAGCAAUCUCAUUGCUGAUCUAUUUAACUUAUCCGGUAUGAUUCAUUUGGAAGAGAGAUAAACUACUGAUCCAAAUAUUUAAAAGAAAUUAGGCAUUUAAUAUACUUAAGCUUAUGGUUCUAUGUAAGGAGAUAUUUCAGCUUAUACUAGUGCGAAGAAUAACUCAAGAAGGUCUGCAGGAUUCGCUAAAAAAGGGUCUGGAAUGUCUCUGCUACAACCAAAAAAUCUCCAAGAUAUGAAUAAAGAUGAAAAAAUUGCCUUCAAAGAGACUGAAGAAGAAUUGAAGAGAAAAGGAGCAUUUAAAAGAGUAUUCCCAACAAUGGAUUUUCCCUACUAUAAGUAAUUUUUCGAAGAAGAUAGGCCUCUUAAUUACUUCCUGGAUGCUUAAUUUUAUAGCAAAAUAAGAACCUAAAACCCAUUAGCUCAUAGAAAUAACGAAAAGGCUCCGAUAUUUAUGCAGAAUAAGAAAAAAGACUAAGCCUAGGUGCUGACUAAACAAGGAACUUUUCAGGGUACAAACACUACCACUUCUUCAAAUACUACUGGAUAUGCAUAAAACAACAGUAGUGAAUUGAUCUCUGGGAAGAAUGGCUCUGCAUUGACUAAACUAAGGCAAAACUCAAAUUCAGCACAUUCUCGAGAAAGGAAGUUAACGCGACCUCUAGAAGAGUCUAAUAUUCAAAAUAACAUGACAAAUUCAUUCAGUGGGCUUAAAACAAAUAAUUCACAUACAAGAAUUUAAGGAGACUUCGACAAACAGAAAAUGGUGAUGCCUAUGCUGGUAAAUAAUACAAUGACAAGAAUUCCUAAUGGUUCUGCAAAUGAGCAAGCAAUUUAAAAGGGUUAGAAUAGAGCUCCAAUACCAACUGGCAAAAAGGGCAGUAGCAGUACUAGAGGGGCAGGGCUCAGAUAAAUUGGCUCAAUGAUAACUUAAAAUACUCCAAGUAAUAUUUAUCAAGCGGCUAUCACUGAGUCAGCAAUCAUGUAGAGGUAGCAAUAAUGA